AUGGCCACUGGUGUGCUUGGAGAAGAUGGCAUCCACGUCGAUAUGAACCAUCUGAAGAAGGGCGAGGUCAACAUGGCGAUCAACUUCAAGGACGGUGUGAUACUAGGAGCGGACAGCCGGACAACUACCGGCGCAUACAUCGCGAACCGAGUGACGGACAAGCUCACACAAGUGCACGACACAAUCUGGUGCUGUCGUUCUGGCUCAGCAGCAGAUACACAGGCCGUGGCAGACAUCGUCCACUACCAUCUCGGCAUGUACGGAAUCACAAACGACGAGGCUCCUACUACGCAGACUGCGGCCGCCAUAUUCCAAGAGCUGUGCUAUGCAAACAAGGACUCGCUAUCAGCUGGUAUGAUCAUUGCUGGAUACGACCAUAGGCACGGCGGACAGGUGUACUCAAUACCCCUCGGUGGCUCUCUGCACAAGCAGGCAUAUGCAAUCGGCGGCUCAGGAUCUACAUACAUCUACGGAUACUGCGACGCGAAUUGGCAAGAGAACAUGACUGAGGCUGAGGGAGUGAAGUUUGUCAAAGGGGCACUGCAGGAGGCUAUCAAGUGGGACGGCAGCUCUGGCGGUGUGAUCCGUAUGGUGGUGCUUACUGCGCGAGGUGCGCAGCGACACCUGUAUCUGCCUGAUCAGCGAUACGAAGGACCCGGCACGCAGUAG